CUUUAGUAGGCUAGCUAGAUGGUAGGUAAGCGUGUAAGCACGACGACUGUCCAACAGCUCGCUCUCGUGAGUACUAGGUAUAUAGGUAUCUUUAAGACCUAUCAAUCUUCUUUGUUCGUAAAAUCAUUCUUGAUUCUGGACAGCUCUGUUGCAAUUAAACUAUCCUUUUGUCUAUUGAGUGGAAAGACAUAAAACAUAGACAGCUUCCAGUAUAGUAAUGGCAGCGGUGGCCAAGCAUGGUAUCGACCUCCUUGAGCAUUCGGGUAUAGUGGCUACAUUGUACACCAUGAUAUCCUUCAGUACAGCCAUUGACGCCGCUAUUUUAUAUUCCUUCGCUCUAGGAAUAUAUCGUCUCUACUUCCAUCCCCUAACCAAAAUCCCGGGUCCUAAAUUGGCAGCAUUGACAGGAUGGUAUGAGGCAUACUUUGAACUCUUCCACAAGGGGCUCGGAGGCCAGUAUACUUUCCACAUCCAGGAACUGCACAAGAUUUAUGGGCCCAUUGUCCGUAUUAAUCCUCAUGAAGUCCACAUCGACGACCCGAACUUCUAUUCCACGAUCUACACCAACAGAGAGGGGUACGACAAGCCCGAGAAUUUGAAAUGGCGUUUUGGGUCACCUGCAGGUCUCUUCUCGACACCCGAUCACCAUCUUCACAAGAUGCGGCGCGCGGCGCAGGAACCGUUCUUCGCCAAAAGCCGCAUCAACAAGCUCUCCCCUGAGAUACAGGCCAAAGCUGACCUGAUGUGCGCCAAGCUGUCGGAGAAUUAUCUGAACCAGGACAAGCCGGUGACUUUGGACAACCUGUUCGCAAGCUACAUUGCUGAUGUGACGACGAAGUACGCUUUCGACAGAGAUUUCAAGUAUCUUUCAUCCCCUGACUUUGCUUCGCCGUUCGUGAAAGCCAUCCGCAGCUUCAAGGACAUCGCACACCCCUGCACUCAGUUCCCGUGGCUCGCCCGAGCUUUGGCCGCGACUCCGGACUUUCUCGUCAGAAUCCUGCAGCCCUCGAUGUCGUGUGUCCUUGAGUUCCAGGACGACAUGCGACGCCUGAUACGCGAGGCGCAGGGAGAUCUCAGUAACCCAGAUCCUCGGAAGCCGGACCAGGCAGACAAGACGAUUAUCCAUGGCAUACUACGCGCCGGCUUGCCCCAGGAAGAGCUGGAGAUGGACGUGUUGAAAGACCACGCAACUAGCAUCAUUGGCGCAGGGAUCGCAAGCGCGCAGUGGACGCUGACUAUCGCAUGUUUCCAUGUCAUGUCAGACCAAAGGAUACGCGAAGCGUUGAAAAAGGAGCUGGAGAGCGUGAUGCCAGAUGCAAAUUCGCCGUUGCCGUAUAAAGAAAUUGCGGAGAAGUGUCCGUACCUCGUAGCCUGCAUCGAAGAAGCAGCGCGUCUAGCGUGCGGGCAAAUGACGCGAUCGCCUCGGAUCUCGAAGACGCCGAUAACAUAUGGAGACUACGUGCUCGCGCCAGGCACGCACAUAUCCCUCGACACGUGGCACAUGCACCACAACGAGACGCUGUACCCCCAGUCCUACUCGUACGUGCCUGAGCGCUGGGUCGGCAACCCGCGGGCCCCCGCGCCGUACGACUCGAGGCCGCUGAAGCACUACAUGGUGUCGUUCGGCAGGGGCACGCGGCACUGCAUCGGGAUGAAUCUCGCGUAUGCGGAGAUCACGAUCGCGCUGGCGUCCUUGAUACGGCGGUUUGACUGGGAGUUGUUCGAGACGACGGAUGAGGAUGUCAAGGUGGUGCGCGAUCUGGUUGCGCCGGAUGUGAGUAGAAAGAGUAAGGGGAUUAGAGUCUUGGUAAAAGGUACCUAGUUGUUGUAAGCAUACAACCUAGGUUAGGAUGGUCACGAAUGUAUGAUGUUAACUGAGACAUGCUGGAGUUGUCGGCGUACAGGGUGUAACGAGAAUGAUAUGCACCCAUAUUACA